AACCCAGUCACAUGCAUGUGGGUUCUGCUCCGUGGAUACCAAGUGACUAGUAAUUUGGUGGGGCCUGCUCAUUGGAGCUUUUAGCGGAGACAUAUAAUCUAUGCCAUACCUUUCUUAGAGCAGUGCUAGGAGCACUCGCCUUUUGCACUCUCUGGCCAACACUUUCCUUUUAGUUGGGCCACGUGAGCUUGUUUCAAGCUUUACAGUGCAACCUCUUACAUACCAGAAUAACAUGGCCCAAUAAAAGUGAAACUGUUGGCCGGGGAGUGCAGGAGGUGAGUGCCACUAGCCUCCUCUCUUUCUUAAUGAUUUUUGAAUGAUAGUUUUGGCAACGUAGAAAAUACAAGGAGGUUUUUUUUUUUUUUUGGUAAAUCAAAUACAAGUAGUUGGAUCUUCGUUCUUCCCCUAUAUUCUAAUUCUAUAAUAAUAAUUAUUAAAAAUUAAGUAAAUGGAAAUUUCUUCCGACUUUCAUGCACUGUCCAAUUCCUGAAUUCACUAGGCAACCCACAAAAUUUUCUCCUCAACCAAGUAAACAUUUUCUCUCAUUUUCCUCUCAAUUCCUAAGAAAAACUCACUCUCAACCCUUCACACAGCUUAAAAUAUGGUUUUUUUUCAGUUUAAUUUUAAAUGCACCCACUUUCAUUGCCUGGGUUGCAAACCCGCCAGCGAGACCGAAAUACGCCGCGAGGCCGAAAAACUCCGUGAGGCAGAAAAACGCCGCGAGGCCGAAAAACGCCGCGAGGCAGAAAAACGCCGCGAGGCAGAAAAACGCCGCGAGGCCGAAAAACGCCGCGAGGCCGAAAAACGCCGCGAGGCAGAAAAACGCCGUGAGGCAGAAAAACGCCGUGAGGCAGAAAAACGCCGUGAGGCAGAAAAACGCCGCGAGGCCGAAAAACGCCGUGAGGCAGAAAAACGCCGCGCCGCCGAUAAACGCCGCGCGCCCGAAAAACGCCGCUAGACCGAAAAACGCCUCGCGACCAAAAAACGCCCCUCGACCAGCAACGCAGCCGCGACCCAAACCAGUCACAGUCGCCCUCACCAGUCAUCCGGAGGCGCUUUGAUGGUGAAAUUCGGAUUCAGGUGGUAGAGCAUCGUGACCUGUUUGGCAUGCCGGUGGAAACACAGAUACAAGAUUAAUGUGAGAUUAAAAGGUUAUCUCAUUUUUGUUUUUUUGUUUUUUUUUUUUUAUUAAUUUUUUAGUCCUAUUUCAUAGGAGUGUGGACUGUAGAGGACUCGGUUUCCUCUCUUUCUCUCUUUUUCUUUUCUGGGUGUAAUUGUUUUGGAUUUUUUAGCUAAAAUAGAUACUAGCCAACAAUCUGAUUUUGUUACGUAUAAUCAAUGCCCUUCUUAUGUUUCCCAUCUUUAGUUCUUUUGUACUGAGAAGCUAUUGGGAAUGUUCUUCCCAGAACUGUAACGGUUGAUUAAUGUAUAAUGCUAUCGUCUUUUACAAAAAAAAAAAAAAAAAAAAAAAAAAAAAAUGAAGUUUUGGAUUUUCA